AUGACGAUCCCUUGGCCCCAGGAGAUGACAUGGCCAACACCGAUACAGGAGCACGCUACUCAACUUACGGGAUAUCUUCGGAACGUAUUGCUUCACCUCGAUCGCGUAAAAGACCAACCAAUAACCUCAGGGGAGAUGAGGACAGUCAUUAUGGCAACAAUAGACCUGGUCGGGAAGGUCACAAGGACCCCUGACAUGACGGCAGUACACGACAAGAUAGCCAUGAUACGUGCUGACUUGUCUCAAAACGCAAAUGGACAAACACAAGAAAUACAGAACAUCAAGGAGGAAGUCAAGAAUUUGACGGCGAAUGUACAAAAGGGCACGGCGGCUAGCGAAGCGGCGACCGUGGCGGCGAAUGAGGCGGCGGAAGUCGGCAAGACGGUAGCAGGCAUGGCAAGAGAUAUUAAGAACAAUGGUACGCGGCAUCAAACGGGAGCACCGAUGAGCUAUGCCACUGCGGCAGCACAAGGUGCUUUGGCAGCAGGCAAAUACAACGUACAGAACGCUUAUACUGCUCCAUCUCCAGCUCCCGUGCAGCGUGAGAUCAUCGUAAAUAUAAGAAACGCCCAAACAAUACAGAACUUACGCGCCAUGAACCCGCCCAAUCAGCUCAAGAGAGGAGACCUUAGCAUCAGGACAACCAACAACAGCGAGAUGCAGACGCUCCUACGUACUUACACAUACGGAGUUCUUGUUCAUGGUAUUCGCACAAGCACGAUCAAUAUGGAGAACUUUGAAGAAGUCAGAGAUACCAUCCUACACGAAAACAGAGCCUUCCUUCCGACUGCGGAUAUCAAAUACAUAGGCUGGCUGACCAGACAGCCACCACAGAAGGCAAUGUCAUCAAUAGUCAUCGAGUUCACGAAGCCAGAAGACGCCAACAGGAUCAUCGACGAGAAUUUGGUCUGGCAGGGCGAGAUGUGCCCGGCCGAGCGAUACGAGAGGCAGUGCCGACUGAAGCAGUGUUUCCAGCGCCAAAAGUACGGCCACAUAGGAACCCAAUGCAAGGCAGCGAAAACAUGUGGCUACUGCGCGCAGAAACACAGUUCCUGGGAAUGCCCGACGAAGACAAAUCGGGAAGCCGCUAGGAAGUGGGUCGUAUGCCACGGCACGCAUGAGGCCUGGAGUCGGGAAUGUCCAACCAGGAAGGAGGAGGUAGCCAAGAUUAAGGCGAUCCUCACAACCCGUCCAAAAUACCACCCGGCUUUGACGGCACACACAAUGAGAUCGACCAGCGUGGACUGGACCGAAUAUCCCUCAGGAGAUCAAGAUCUACGAGAGACUUGA